AUGCCACAAUCACCGCCGCCGUCCUAUCGACAGGUAAAGACGAUCCGAGAACGGAUACAGGAGGCCUCCACCGCUCAAAAGGUUGCCUUUGGCGUUGGCAUCGCCAUUGUUGGCGCCUUUGUUAUUGUCUUUUUUGUCUUUGAGCGUCAGAUCUUUGAGUUCCUCGAACCAGCCGUGUCAUACAUCCGAACGUCCAGCGCCGGUAUUGCCGUGUUAUCCAGCAUCAUGGCUGCAACAUGUAUCUUUCCACUCCUUGGAUACGGAGUUGUCUCGAUGAUUUGUGGAUACGUCUAUGGCAUUCCGAAAGGAUUCUUGCCAGCAUUCGUCGGCGAUAUCGUCGGAGCAUCCAUUUGCUUUUGGUUGUAUCGUUUUGCGUUCCACAACUACAUCAACCGCAAGCUGGGGCAAAACAUCGAGUUCAAGGAGAUGUCCAAGGCAGUCAGCAAGGAUGGCCUUUUUAUCCUGUUCUUGAUUCGGCUGUCGUCAUUUCCGUUUGCAGUGCUCAACGCGUACUUUGGAGCCGUGACUCUGUUACCCUACUGGAAGUUCAUCCUGGCAACAACACUGUCAACUCCUCGUCUCUUCAUCCCAAUCUUCAUCGGACACAAUAUCUCCAGCCUGGCUGAUCCUACUAUCGUGGGGAAGGAUCGUAUCCUCAAAUGGGGCAUGAACAUUCUCGGGAUCAUCAUCGCCUUGGCCGUUGGAUGGUAUAUUUAUCGGCACACGGUCCGGAGAAUCGAAAGAAUCAAUGCGGGACUGGUACCGGACGAGACUGAGGAGGAGGAGGAGGAGGAGACUGUUGGAUUGGGGCGACAGCAGCAGCAGCAGCACCAACAUAGCUCUGGUAGCAAUGAACAUACAGAUCAGGAUAGCUUUGAUCUGGAGGAGGUGACGCCUCAUAACUAUACUGGAGUACCAACAGGACAUGUCGCGGAGAUGGAUGCUCUUCAAGGUUACUCCCAGCCUGGGCACUAUGCGUCGAAUGCUGUUAGAGAGACAAAAUAA